UCUUUAACAAUAGUUAGUUUUAAAAUAAAUAUACAAAUAUUAAGUCAGGCUUUUUUUGUUUAGCAGAUCUAUUAAUUUAGUUUAUGUAAUAGAUGUUUAUUACUGGAGUUAUGUCCUGUAUGUUGCACACUGCCUGAAUGUGCAAUAACCUAUACGAGACUGCUAUUGUUUAGUUAGCUUGCGCUCUGCAAGGAAUUGAACCUUUACAUAACUUCGCCUCUUUUACAUCCCCGGGCCGAUGCUCUACCGGUAAAAGUCUAUUUUACCCGACCAAAGUAUACUUAAUAUUUUUACUUAACUAACUUAACUUAACUUAAUCUUGAUUAACUUAACUUAUAAUUAUACUACUGAAGAAACUAAACGGGACGGAGCCCGAGCAAAGCGAGGAAAAUAGGGGAUUUGGGUGGGUAAAGUAAAGUAUAUUAUAAUAAAGUAAUAAUUUAGUAAAGUAAAGUGAAUGAAAAUAUAUAAAUUAUACAUAAUAACUUUAUUUAACUAAACUAUGUUAACUUAAACUUAAUAAACUUAACUUUUAAUUUUACUAGAAAAAAUACUAAAAGGGGACGAAGCCCGAAUAAAUCGAGAAAAAUAAGGGAUUUCGAUUGGUAAAGUAAACUAUAUCAUAGUAUAGUAAUAUACUAUAUUAGUAAAGUACAGUGAAUGAAAGUAUAUAUAGUUUACUUUAUAAUUUUAAUUUACUAACUUAACUUAACUAAAACUAAAAAUCCUAAAUUUAAAAUUAAACUACUAAAGAAACUAAGCGAAUGAAGAAGACAGGAAAUUUGUUUAGGUAUAUUAAGUACCGUUAAAAUAAAAUAUUUACCAAUAUUAGUUAUCCGUAUUAAAAAAUGAAAACUACACACCAUAAAGUCUAACAACCAAAUGACAGGGCAUUAUAUUAAUUUUGUUUUUUCCCACCCGAUAGGAGAGCCUCUUGCGGGUGUGUAGUUUUCUUCCAUACCUGUAAAUCGCUAGAUGGCAGUCCCACGGAGUAGAAAAUCCUUCUUAUAUAUAUUUCUAUUUUUUUUUUUAUUAUUUACAAAAAUGACAAUGCCGAUUUCAAUUACUUCUGCUAAUUAUGUUUCAGUCAUAUAAGAAAAAUAAAGUAAUAAUACAUUUAAAAAUUCAGAAUGACAUCGGUCCAAAAAAAACAAUUAAUGACUGAAUUAAAAACUACACUUGUAGAUAAAAUAAUUAAGUUAGAAAAUUAAUUAAAUGAAUCUAAUGAAUGCAAGGAAGAAUAUAAGGUAAUUUAUUACUAUAGUUGCAUAACAAUAUAUUUAUAUAUAAUAAUCUGAUUACAGAAGGAGAGUGAACGUUAUAAAACUCUAUAUGAGGAAAGUGAAAAUAAUUUGGCAAGUCUUAUUAUUUUAUUUCAUAUACAAUAUUACAAUUAUUUACUUAGUUAAUAAUAUUUAGUAUAGAUAGAACAAGUAACAAUGUUACAAAAUGAAAAAAAUGUUCUCCUCGAGAAAUUAGAAGAAAAGGAAAAAGGUUAAAACAAAUUUGUACGACAAAAAUUUCUAAAGUUUUUACAAUUUUUUUGUGACUUUAUAGAAAUAAAAGAAUUAAAGGAAAAACAACUGCAAAUAGAUAACAUUAUAAUUCCUGAUAUAGAGAUGAACAACAAUGUGAUAAUUAAAACAGUAGAAGAACACAAAGAGGAUUCAGAGGAAGAACAAGACCUGAAUAUAGUUAACAAUGACUUAAAGAAGUUUCCAGACGUAGCAACAUUUACAAUACCAGCUAAAAUAAAAACUCUUCUGGAAACAAAAGUGCAAAACAUUAAACCAGAAGAUUGGACGUUAGAUACACUGAAAAAUUCUAGAUAUACAUUGUAUAGAUUCCUCAGUGAAUUGAUGACAUCAUCAUUUACUGAGGAAUAUCUAAAAACACACAAGAAAUCUGGUAAAGGUGGAAAAACUGGUACUGUAAAGCGGGAACCCAUGGAUCCUAAAAUAAUAGAAGAAAUAGUCGAUUACACUACACAAACAUGGAAGGACCUCAAAGGUACAACACCGCAACUAAUAAUGCGCCAGGCCAUCUCAAAGUACUUAGGCCAAUUCUUAAAUAACAUGGGAAAAAAAUUAAAGAAAUAAAUAUUUAACUAUUUCUUAUAUGACAAACAUGAAUGACUACAAAUUUAUUACAAUAAAAUAGCCAUAAUUAUGAACCAGGGGUCUAUGACUAUUUGGGAUCUGCCCCGCGCCCCACGGAACCGUUCCCAACCGCUUGAAAAGUAGCUACCCGAGUUGCAACCAAACGGCAAUUUUUCGGGUAUUCGGUGUGUAAUCGGGGCCAAUCCCUAAUGACCAUGCCAACAUGUAGAUAAUAAAAUAAACCAAUUUCGCCAAUUCUUUGA